CUUGACGCUGCUGCGCAUCUCGCGGACCGGGAAUACCGAUUUCUGAACAUUUCGGCCUUUUUCCCCCCUGCACCGUAGGCUCUGUUUUCCUGCGGACCGCUGCAAAGGGGAGCGGGUUGCAUCGCGUCGGGGGGUUAAACUGAAAGAUUACAUCGGUCAGUAUUAUGGUAAACGGAGAUGACACACAUCCAGAAGGAGCCGUAUUUGUUUUGUAUGGCGAAAUGAGGCAGGGGGUGGAGAGUCGCCACAGAGACGCUGGGCUCCGGCCAAACAUCACCGCAUUUUAGCACUUAUUCGAUGCUCGGGAUUUGCAUUGUAUUGCAUUUGCUGCAUCGUUGAUCGGCUGUAUUCUGCAAAGUGCAUGGUGGAAAAUGCAUCUUGUUUGAGGACACCCCCCCACCAGAUAUCCGUUGCUGCCAUGACAGGCAGAGGUCUCCUCUCGACCACGGCUUGGCCGGUUGGAGAAGAAGCAGAUUGAUUCGGGACGGUGGGUCGCAUCUGCGGAUGUUAUUCUAUCAGUGGAGCCCGAUCUUGUAAAUAUUAUCCGUGUAAACACACCGUGAUUCUUACUCAGGGAAAAAAAAACAUGUCUUCUCGUUCUGCGUUACCGUCUGGAAACGACAGGAGUACUGGAGAGCAUCAUGUGUCUCUGGCGGCCAGCCGCUCAGACAAGGGCACCAGCCUGUCCAGCCGCUCGCUGGGCGCCCGCUGCAGGAACUCCAUCGCCUCCUGCUCGGACGAGCUGCCGCACAUCGGCAACUACCGUCUGCUCAAGACCAUCGGCAAGGGAAACUUCGCCAAGGUCAAGCUGGCCCGCCACAUCCUGACGGGCAGGGAGGUUGCAAUAAAAAUCAUCGACAAAACUCAGUUGAAUCCAACCAGCCUACAAAAGCUCUUUCGGGAGGUACGAAUAAUGAAAGGCUUGAAUCACCCUAAUAUAGUGCAGCUGUUCGAGGUGAUUGAGACGGAUAAGACCCUUUACCUAAUCAUGGAGUACGCCAGUGGAGGUGAAGUGUUUGACUACCUCGUAUCUCAUGGGAGAAUGAAGGAGAUUGAAGCCAGAGCCAAAUUUCGACAGAUCGUUUCGGCUGUCCACUACUGCCACCAGAAGAACAUCGUCCACAGAGAUUUGAAGGCAGAGAACCUUCUGCUGGAUGCCGACGCCAACAUCAAGAUCGCAGACUUCGGCUUCAGCAAUGAGUUCACGCUGGGCAACAAGCUGGACACGUUCUGUGGCUCGCCGCCCUACGCCGCCCCCGAGCUUUUCCAGGGCAAGAAGUAUGACGGGCCCGAGGUGGAUGUCUGGAGCCUCGGAGUCAUCCUCUACACGCUGGUCAGCGGCUCGCUGCCCUUUGACGGGCAGAACCUAAAGGAGCUGAGGGAGCGUGUGCUGAGGGGAAAGUACCGUGUGCCCUUUUACAUGUCCACAGACUGUGAAGGGAUCCUACGCCGAUUCCUGGUGCUCAACCCCUCCAAACGCUGCACCCUAGAGCAAGUCAUGAAGGAUAAGUGGAUAAAUACAGGGUAUGAGGGGGAGGAACUGAAGCCCCAUGUAGAGCCUGUAGAGGACUACAGCGAUCCAAGUCGCAUAGAGGUGAUGGUCGGGAUGGGCUUCACACCAGAGGAAAUCAAAGACUCCCUGCUCAAUCAGAAAUACAACGAGGUCACCGCCACCUACCUGCUGCUGGGCCUCAAAAGCGACGACGGCAGUGAGACUCGCUCUGCCAGUAGCCUGUCCCUGGCGAGGGUACGACCCAGCCCGAUCACCAAUGGAACCAACAAGCACUCCUCGGCCACCGGCUCCUCUUCCUCCUCCUCUUCCUCCUCACAUAGCAAGACCCAGCGCAGUGCCUCCACCUACCACAGGCAGCGACGACACAGCGACUUCUUGCUCCACAACAAAGGCGGGCCCUCAAUGCCCGUUAUGCACCCCAAGCGGAGCCCGACCAGCACGGGCGACCGGGAGCUGCGAGAGGGGCGAAUGCCUUCGCGUAAGGCCAGCUGCAGCGUGAUGGGAAGCCACAGCCUCCCUCCCUCCAGCCCGAUGGUCAGCAGUGCCAACAACCCCAACAAGUCUGAGAUCCCAGACCGCCGCAAAGAGAUGACUGCCACCACGAACAACAUCCCUGGAAGCGCCAUGACCCGCCGGAAUACAUACGUGUGCACGGACCGCUCGGGCACCGAUAGGCACUCUCUCCUGCAGAACGGCAAAGACAACAGCUCCCUGAGCCACCGCAUGCCUCCUGCGUCUCCUUCCACGCUCAGUAUUUCCGGGGCAGGAGCCUCCUCCUCCACCUCCGGGGACCGAUGCCGCUUGACCCGAGGCUCCACGAUCCGCAGCACCUUCCACGGGGGCCAGCUGAGGGACCGCGGACCCCCGGUGUACUCUGCCCCGCCCACGUCCCCCACCCUGUCCCACCAUGAAGCCAGCCCGCUGCCCCAUGCCCGCAGCCGGGCCACCUCCAACCUCUUCACCAAGCUGACCUCCAAACUCACUCGCAGGGUCACAAAUGAAUCUGAGGGAAUCAGCAGAUUUGCGGUCGCAAGUCGCUAUCUACCUGGGCAUCAAAAAGCGUCCGAGCCCCGGGCCGUCGGACGUAGCUGGGAUCUGAGAGGCGGCGGGCGGCGGGACCCUGCGGAGGUGGUACUGGCUCUGCGGGAGGCGGCGCUCGGGUGUGGCUGCCAGGUCCACCACGCCGGCCCCUUCUUGCUCUCCUGCACCCACGGGGUGGCGGGGGGCCGCGUGGCUUUCGAGGCCGAGGUGUGCCACCUCUCCACGGGCAACUCCGAGACUUCUAACGGGGUGCGCUACACGCGACUCUGGGGGGCACCGCUAGCUUUUCGGGACAUUGCCACCCAAAUCUCCAAGGAUCUUGAACUUUGAACAAGGGUGUGUAUGUGUGUGUAUGUGUGUGUGUGUGUGCGUGUGGGUGUGUUUGUGUGUGUAUUUGUGAGUGUGUGUGUCUGUGUGUGUGAGUGCGCGUGUAAAGGGGGGGGUGAAAAUAAUUAAGAGGACAAAAAAAAAAAAAAACAACUCAAGAGAAGGGGCGAGGGGCUGGACCCGAAAGAAAAAACAUCUCCUCCUGACUCUUACAUGAACACAAAACUAAUAACCACCCCCCUCCCACACACACACACACACACACACACACACACACACAUACACACACACACACACAGACACCUCACACAUGAAGUCACACAGACUGAGACACCCCCUCCCCCCCGACAACCCCACCCCUACCCAGCUGUGCCCUCCAGCUCACCCAACUUAUCUACUGAGCAACUGCACCCACUGGACCUGGAUCGGAGGGAAUCCAGUUUAAUAUUUUUUAUCGCUAAUCUAGCCAUAAUGACUCUCUUUAUUUUGUUAUUUAUUGCUCUCAUCGUUGUUUUCAACCACCGUCACCUCCACCACGAUAGAAAACAUCUCUUGUGCAUCCGGCGUCGUCGACAAGCCAUCCAUUUUUAUUUGUGUGUCACUUUUUUUACACGCACCGCUCGUUUUUUCCUCCAGUUUUUGACAUUGAUACCAAUGAAGUGAUUAUCUGCUGACUGUUCAUCACCUUGGGGACAAAAAAUAUGCACAAAUGCGGAGACGGUCCGACUCGGUGAUGGGACGAGCAGCCACGGAGGGUUGUAUUGAUUUGUGUACAUACAGCAGUGUCGGCUGCAGUGAGUUAUGGUCAGUGGGAGCAGCGGUGACAGGGCUUUGAAGCGGCCAAUCAGAGGCUGACACUGACAAAAAAAACAAAAAAAAAAAAAACAGCCAAUCCGAAGCUGACUCCGACAUGGAGGAGCCGGCAACAUCCUCAGUUGUGUAAGCCGGGUGGUUUUCCCUCCCGUCACAUUGUAUUAACUCUUUUUCACCGUGCAGGACAAAUUAAAGAUGGAGAUAUGUGUAUUGAGAAACCCACACACCAUGGUAAGCUAAUUUUUUCAUGCAUACAGGGAAAAAAAAACUAUUUUGGUACAUUAAUCUCAUUUUUCAUUUUAGAUUCUAGCCUCACCAGUAUGGAGACUGAAUCGGUGCAGCUGAUUUGGUUAAAUAAAAGGUGGCUCAUGUAGCUGUCAUACCUCUGUAGUUUCAAUGCUGGCUCCUCCACAAGAUAAAAUGGAUUUUGAAAGGGCUGCACACACACACACACACACACACACACACAUUGGAUGAUAUUCUUUCAGAGAAACUCUUCUUGCUCUCUGGUUGGCUGCGUUCAACGUCUGUCAGCGCUGGUCUUGGUCAGUAAAAAUAUCACUUGUUCUCAAAAGCAUUUGGAUCUCCCAUGAACCCAACUUCCCUGUUUCCACUCCUUUUACCUUCUUUUACCAAGAGUUGCAUUCAAGCCAUGAAACCGCGGACAUGCAGUUGUUUCUUUGCGGAAAAAAAUGAAUUUGAACUCAAAAGUCCUCGUUGCUGAAAUUGGUAAAAAAAAACAAAAAAAAAACGAGGAGGAGUUUGUGCAAAUGUGCAACUCUGAAAGCAGUUCAUGGUUGCAAGCCUUGCCCUUGAACUCCCUGGGGAUAUGCCAAAACAGAAAGCAGUCAGAUGUCACACCAUGGCAAGCAAAAAAAAAAAAAAAAAAAAAAAAUAUGGAGAUAAGUUUGGGUAUUUUCAGUGUAAUGCAAUUCUUUGGUUCUAUUCUGUGCCAUGUGAUCUCACCUCAGUCAUCAUCUCAGUGUACUGAAGGGAAACACCAAAAGUGGACCAGCCACGCAGCGCAACCUCUUGAUAUUCACACACACACACACACACACACACACACACACAUAGACACACCCAGAUGUCCCACCCUCCUUCUCUUGAAUGGACUGCUUUCUGCUCUCUCUCUCUUCCUGUACCUCUCCUCUCUCUCUGUCUUUUUCUCUCUUUCUCUCUCUCUUUCUCUGUCUCUCUCUCGCCUGCUCAGACAUCCUUCAGCAUUGUGGCACUGGUGGACCUCCAGUAUAAACUGGUCUGUCCAUUAUUGAUGACUGUGGGCUGUGGGGAUCGAGGGGAGUGUUCUGGAAAGACACAAUGAAGGCAGUGUGGACAGUGUUUUCUUCUUGUUAGUCCAGUUGCCUUUAAAGUGAACUACCCCCAGCGCCUUCACACAGUACAUAUUUAAUGUAAAAAAAAAAGAAAAAAAAAGAAAAAAAGAAGAAAAAAGAAAAAAAAAAAGAAAAAGAAAAAACUGAGAAAGCUUUCUAUUCUCCCUCCCUGUUUUUAGUGAAUAAUGUACUGUGAUAUUUAUGUAGGCUACAGAGAUCAUGUUGUUUGGCUGCUGAUUUACUGUUAAUACUAUCUCAGUUGUGGCUUUGCUCAUGGUGAUCCCUCCCCUCAUCCCAUCCCAACCCCCUCCAUUUGAACCUCCUUUCCCGCCCAUUGUCAACUUUCCUCCCGCCUCCCCACAUUUAACAACAAGGACGCCAACCUUAGCUGUCCACCAUCUUGUCUGUGACACUAGAAGCCCUUUUUUUCGAUUGGGAUAUCCUUGAUCUUCACAACGAGCGUUUGACUUUCUCAGCUCUCUUUGUAUUUGUUUGGGACCCUGUUUUCUUGUUUGGCAGGGAAACACUCUCAACCGUCAUCCACUCUCAGUCACAUCGUAAACCCAUAUAUAUCUAUCUCUCUGAGAUCUUCCCAGUCCUGAUUGGUCUGCGCUGUUUCAUGAGUCAUGACACAAGAGCCCCAACAGAGGAGACUUGUUUGACCUGUCCUCCUCCUCAGGGCACCAGGCAGACACCAAUAUGGAUGCCGGGAGUCUCUGUCCUUGUCCUCUCCCUGGACGUUUCUCAUUGUGGUGUAUAUUAGCAUUAGGUAAUAUAGACCUCAAUGCACUUUGCUUUGACUUGAAUCAGCUCCUUCCAGUGUGCCUGUAUAGGUAAUACCCAGAACUAGCCACUGGAGGGCGCCAAUGUCUUAAAUGUGAAACACUUCAAUUUGUGGAUAUUUGCACAGGUACUUUAUUUAUUUUUUAGAAUAAUAUCAUUAAAAAAAAAACAGGAUUUAUAUCAGUCAGUUGAUGGCUGUAUAUAAAAUAUAUGAAUAUAGUAUAUAUCUUAGAGCUCAAGGUUUAUUUAUAGCUAGAGCAAGGGAAGUAAUUCUAGUUUAAAGCAGUUUCUGUCAAUGACAAUGGAGAACAAAACCAACCUGCAAUCCUGCAUGACUUCAGAGUUUGGGUUUUAGGGGAAAAAAAUGAAAAAUGAUGCACACCUAGGAGUGGAAGCUUUGUGAAACACAGACACAGUCAGUUUUUAAAGACAUGAAUUAAUACAAUGAACUGGUGCUGGAUAUAGAACAGGUUCCUUCCCCCUCUCACAAAUACAAAUGGCAUCGGUACAAGAAGAGUGAUAUAAUUCCAUCUUGUUUGCCAGAGGAACAGGCUCGAUUCAUUCAAGCCAGCCUCUGAGUUCCUGAGAUCCUCAGCGUCUUUAGACAUGCCGUGAAUUAUACCACAUUUUAACUAAGAAAACUGUACAGUUUUUGGAUCCAGCAAAACAUAGGAAGGAAACAUAAUGGAGAAAACAUUGUGCAGUUUCUAAAUACUUCUCUACCAAUUCCACCUCAACUGGAAUUGACACCAAUCCUGAUAAGUCCCUGAAAUGUUGAAAGUCCCAGGUUGCAAUCAAGCCAUAGAAACGUUAGUUUACGGUCUUUUGAUCACAAAUAAGCAUCUGGUUGUUUGCUGAGCAUUUCAUUGGAGGAGGUGCAAAGGGGGGAAAACAUAUAAACUUAUUGUAUAAGGACCCUUUCUUGAUAUAGAUAAAUGGACAUUGUCUCAAGAUGGAAUCUACUGUGAAAAAAAAACUCUUGAAAUGAUUUUUGGGAGACUGUUCAGUUCAUGCUUGUAUAUCUACUCAGACGGUGUCAUUGGUCUGGUCUAGAUGGUGGUUGGUUACAGUAUUAUGACCCCAGGGGGCUCAGUGUUUAACAUGCACUGUCGUUUUGGAGCUGAUUUUGGAACCAGUUGAUGUAAUAUGCAAAAGAGACUAAUGAGACUGAAGAACACACACAGUUUGGCCUGUAUGAGUAAUUUUACUCUCCUCUACUGUUUAACUCCUCCCCUCAGAAAUAAACUGUAAACUGAGAUUGAGUGGUUGUGGUAUACAAGGAGAACAUGGAGCUGAUAAUUAAUAAAAUUCACAGAUGUUGGCA